AUGGCGCAGGUUGGCUCGUUUGAUCCCGAUUGCGGGAAGCUCCUGAAAGACCUCGAGGAGGUCCUACGGCAGCUGCCGGGAGGCUUUGCCUUACGUACCUUCGGCUCCUAUGCCUCAGACACUGCCUGCCGGGCGCCGGAAGUACUCGAUGUGGUGAUCUACCAGGAGAUGAUGGGUCGACCUGCCCCUGGCCUCGAGCCACGGGGUCCGGCGGACCCUGUCAAGGACUUCGUCGCUUGCUUGCUGGCGCAUCCCGACCGAUUCAGUGCCCUGGAACCCCACAGUUCCAUGCAGCAGGGCGUCAGGAUUUUGGCCUUCAACUUUGCCAACAUCCACAGCAAACAGGAACUCAUGAUCUACUAUGGCGACUCCACCAGUGGGAUCAUUGAUGUGCUACUGGGGCCGCUCCUACGCUUGCAGCCCCACGCCUUGCCAUUGGUGAAGACCGUCAAGCGGUGGGCGAGGCGGCACGAUCUCAAUCCUCCCGGAUUUGGAGGGUAUCAUUGGACGGUGCUGUGCAUCUUUUUCUUGCAGCAGCAGGGCUUUUUGCGCUGCCCCAAGCAGAGUGUGUCAGCGCCGUGA